AUGAGCAGAAAUGAGUUUCUAUCCCUAAGUAGAGAGGGGGAAAACAUGCAAGGCAGCGUUUACAUGGUGAGCGGGCCUGUUGUGAUUGCAGAAAACAUGCUGGGGUGUGCCAUGUAUGAGCUGGCCAAGGUGGGGCACCAGGGGCUUAUGGGCGAGGUGAUUAAGAUAGAAGGCGACAAGAUUACGAUACAGGUCUAUGAAGAAACAUCUGGGCUUGGGGUGGGCGACCCGGUUGUUCGCCUCGGGCAUCCUCUGUGCGUUGAGCUGGGCCCGGGCCUGCUGGACAACAUAUUCGACGGAAUACAGAGGCCGCUGCGGCAGAUAUACACGGAAACAAAAAGCCUGUACAUUCCCAACGGGAUAUCCAUGCCUGCGCUGGACAGAAACAAGAGGUGGAGGUUUACGCCAUGCGUGGCGGUGGGGGACAAGCUCAAGGCCGGCGACAUCUUUGGGACUGUGCUGGAAAACACGCUGCUGACUCUGCGGCUCAUGGUUUCUCCAAAGAGCGCGGGAGGUGUUGUCACAAAAAUAGCGAGCGAGGGCGAGUACACCGUGGAAGAGGUCCUUUUGGAAAUAGAGGCGAACGGGAGGGCCAGCCAGGAGAAAAUGUACCAGGUCUGGCCAGUUAGGUCCCCCAGGCCCAUAAAGAAAAAGCUGACGCCUGUGCAGCAGCUUUUCACGGGGCAGCGGUUGCUAGACUCGAUGUUCCCGUGCGUGCAGGGAGGAACCGCAGCCAUCCCGGGGGCGUUUGGGUGUGGAAAGACCGUCAUAUCGCAGUCUCUGUCCAAGUACUCGAACUCCGACGUGAUUGUGUAUGUAGGGUGUGGAGAAAGAGGGAACGAGAUGAGCGAGGUGCUGGAAGAGUUCCCCACGCUGAAGACCCAGAUUGACGGGCGGGAGGAGUCCAUCAUGAAAAGAACUGUUUUAAUAGCAAACACCUCAAACAUGCCGGUGGCUGCCAGAGAGGCGUCUAUCUACACGGGGAUAACCAUAGCAGAGUACUACCGAGACCAAGGGUACAACGUGGCCAUGAUGGCAGACUCGACGUCCAGGUGGGCAGAAGCGCUCAGAGAAAUAAGCGGGCGGCUGGCUGAAAUGCCUGCAGACAGCGGAUAUCCUGCGUAUCUGGGCGCCCGCUUGGCGUUUUUCUACGAGAGGGCAGGGUACACCGAGUGCCUGGGCAGCAACGACAGAAAAGGAAGCGUCACCGUGGUGGGCGCAGUGUCGCCGCCGGGCGGAGACUUUUCGGACCCGGUGACAGCGGCCACGCUGGGAAUAGUGCAGGUGUUCUGGGGGCUGGACAAGAAGCUUGCGCAGAGAAAGCACUUUCCAAGUGUGAACUGGAACCUGAGCUACUCAAAGUACAUCGACCUUCUUUCGGGGCACCACAUAAAGUACAAUGCAGAGUACCCGCAGUCGAUGCGCACCAUCAAGGAGCUGCUGCAGAAGGAGGAGGCGCUUAGCGAAAUAGUGCAGCUGGUUGGAAAAGGGUCGCUGGGCGAGCUGGAGAAGCUGGAGAUGAGCAUUGCCAAGGUUGUAAAGGAGGACUUCAUGCAGCAGAACGGUGUGUCCUCAUACGACAAGUACUGCCCGUUCUACAAAACAGUUCUUAUGAGCAACACCAUUGUGUCGUACUACAAUGUAUGCAAAGACCUAAUAGAAACGAGAGUGGUCCCCUCCUGGGAGUUUCUGCUGAACGAAACCCAGGAGAUAUACUAUAGGCUAACCCGGAUGAAGUUUGAAGACCCAGUAAAGGGGGAGAAGGCAAUAACGAGCAGCAUUGCAGAAAUAAACAAAAGCAUAUCCUCUGCGGUCCGUGUGCUGACUGAGUAG